UGUCGGUGACGUCAUCUUGUGGUGCAUGACGUAAACUAUCUGCGCCGCGAAGCAGGGAGCGUGAUGGCGGUGGCUCAACCAAAGCUAGAGAAAGAGGGCGAUGAUUGCUCUCUGCUGCCUUUAGUCCACGAUAUUAUCAAAUGCAUGGACAAGGACAGCCAGGAUGUCCACCAAGAACUGGCCAAGCUGAAGGCGAAGAUCCAGGAGGCUCGGGAGCAGAUCUCCAACAUGCCCGGGAUAGACAGCAGUCCGCCGGAGCAGCAGCAGCAGCUGGCCACGCUGCGGGAGCAGGUCCGCACCAAGAACCAGCUGCUGCAGAAAUAUAAAAGCCUGUGUAUGUUCGACGUGCCAAAAGCAUCGUGAAACUGCAGACUGGAUUACUGCACCGACCGCAGGGAGCUCAUAGACAUUCAAGGUGCAGGAGGGACUUUUUGUUUACAUCCUCAGCUGUGGAGCUUGGACGUUAAAAACAGGAAUGAUUUGUCUUCCUCCACUGCAUUGCAAGGUGUUUUUGAACGUCAGACAAUGUCCUUAAUUUUUAUUGUGUUUCAAAUCUAGUUAUGCAUUAUUUGUAUAAAUUGCAGUGUGUUUUUUCCAAUGUUUCACUUUUCUCAACUUAAGCUAUAUUUUGUAAUUAAAUGAAGAAUAGACUGACAA